AUGGCAGAACAUUCAUCUUCUGCGUCCUUGUCAACCCCAAAUCCAAGAUUGACCAAGAAACUGGGGCGGAAUAUCUUAUUGAAUGAGGAUAGGCCACUUCGAAUUGCAGUGCUUGGAGGCACCUCGGUGGGCAAAACCUCCUAUAUCUCGAAACUUACUUCGGGAAUCUUCCCAGAAACUCACUAUCCGACUCCUGAUUUCAGUACCACCUUGUUCAAAUUAUCUCCAGUGCUUCGAAGGUCUAGAGUGUUACUAGAUGAGCUUGCAGAUUCGGCGGCGCUUGAUGGAUUUGUCAAAAGUGAGAAAAAUCAAUUGUGUGUUUCCCAAGGCGUUAAAAAAGCUUUUGAGUAUAACGAUUCUAUAGAAACGGUGUUAAGUCAUACAAAAAUUUCCGAAGGAAAUUAUAACAAUGAAAGGAUUUUGCGAUUGAUUAAAAAAAACCAAAAUGUACCAUCAGAUCUAUCGUUACAAUCAGAUUUCUACACCUAUUACUAUGAUUCUUCUGAUUUCAAAGAAUUCGAUAACGACGAUUUCUAUUAUCCAGUUCAGCUAGUGAACUCAACCACCUCAAUCAAGAAUAGUCGAGUGCUUUCUGGCAGAAUUGCUCUGGAAAGUUCUACCAAAAGUGCAGGUCACACACCCCCAAUUAAUAGCACCAUUUCCCAUCUGAGUCUUGGUUCAACUGUAUCUCCUACAAAUUCAGCCAUCACUCUUGAUUUCCCAGUUCCUCACAUAUCUCCAGUCCUCGUGGAAUUGAUCGAUACCCCCGCAUUCAAUCCUGAUUUGAUUGUGCCAUUUCUUGAACUUUCUCUCGGCGCCAGAUUGGGUGAAGAAUUUCUACACAACUUGAGCCGGGACCCUAGAACAGCUGUAGCAACAAAAGCUCUACUUGUUGGCUCCGCUGCCAGUGAAUUGAAUGGCUUUGUUGAUGGCUAUGUCUUAGUGUACUCUGCUGUGCCAAGCACAAUGCCGCCAAGUUACGACUCCUGUGACUCCCUACCUUUAUCAGGUACCGAGGAAUCAGGCGCUGUUCAACCACAACUUAGUGCUUCAGACUCACUAUUAAACGAUGCAUCAUCUUUUUCAUUGCUUGAAAGCAUGCGAUCCGUGAUCCUUGAAUCUUGGAAGAGUUAUAAAUUAUAUCUUAGGCAGCAUGAAGCUAAAAGUGAAACCGACAUUUUUUCAUUAACUUCCUCGGUAAAGCACUUGUGGAAAGCAAAUAAGCGUGCUGCUGAAGAAGAAAAACUCACUAAAAAGGCACUUAGACAAGCGGAAGCCGAGCAAAAUAUAACAAUCACCGAAGGCCAGUCUGCUUCACAAGAUCCAACCGCUGCCGGAUCAUCCAACACCCCUAAUGAGUCGCUGAGUUCGGAAAAAAAGACGGCAAAAUAUCGAUCUAAAAAUAAGAAGCUAAUUGAUGAUCUUGAUCUUUCUAUUCCCCUUAAAAAGCUUGAAUUCCAAGUUCCAAUAACGCCUUCCGAGGUGCCACCAUUGCUCGUGAUUUGUACUCAUUCACAAGACCCUCUUGCCAGUCCAUUUUUAAUUGAAAAAGGCCGUAAAUUGGCACAAUCUUGGGACUGCGGAUUUUCUUGUGUCGACAAUGAAAUGGGAAUGGGGGUUGAAGAAAGUUUGGCUGAAUUGGUCCGUGAAAUCGUUGAACGAGAAAAACAAAAGCGCUUGAAUGUUACAAAAAACAGCAUGGUCAACAAAAUCAAGAAAGGAAUCUUUUGA